AUGAAUGCUAGAGCAAUUUUGAAAGGUGUGACGAUUACGUCUGGUUUAUGGGUGGGAGCAGUAUGUUAUUAUAAAGCUGAAGAAAUUGAGAAGAAGCUUGAAAUCUUCAAGGCAAAUUUUGUAUCGGAGUUCGAUGUCAAUCUGUCCCAAAAUGAGCUUGGGAAGGAAAUUGAAACCAUUGCCGAUGAAGUGCGAGCCUUUUUCAACGACUUUCUUUCGGAAUCAAAGCAAAAAAUCUACGACAAAAUUGUAACUUCGACUCAUGAGCCAGAAACAUGGAACUUCAUUAUUUCAACGUUGAAACAAUCCGCUUUUGGGCUCCAGAAACUUGCGAAAUUGGCCAUCUUCAAAAAACCCGACGAUUGUUUUGUUGAAGAAAUUCGCAAACUUUGCCCCGAGACAUCGUACGAUCUGCAAGAGCUGCUGGAGUAUUUUGACGAAAUUCUGUCUAACAGUAGAUUUGGCGAUGAUUGUCUUGCUGAUCACAUCUCGGCACUCCGAAAACGCAGGAUGGAAUCAAAAAAGCCAAUGUCAAAAGUGGAACAGGACGAGCUGGAUAUUGGAAAACCGACUUAUUCGUAUAAGAAUGUUACUCCGGAAAAGGUUCUGGAAGAAUAUCUCGAUCUAACAAGAGAUUUGUUGGACUCUUCCGAUUUUCUCGCAAAGCAAUACCUGAUCAAUUCCGGCGUCAUUGACCGUCUAUUGGACCUGUCCCGCAUCGCUGAAGAAUUCCACAAGCGGGCCUUUGAAAUCCUCGCGUCUCUCUCCACCGUUAUUGAAUUCCGCUGGGAUCUUCUCAAACCUAAGCUCAUCUUCGAGUCCAUCCUCACUCUUGCAAGCUCCGAUGUUGAACAAAAAAGUUUCGCUUACAAAAUUCUUCACAAUGUUUCUUCCUCUUCACAGGAAAAGAUGAUUCUUCCAAACUCGUUCCUUGCAUAUCCAACAGAAGAAGCUUUGCCGACGAAUGCGUCGAUUGUUUUUGUCCACGGACUGAUGGGAAAAGCUCACAGAACUUGGCGCUGCAACGAUAAAAUCAUCGGCGAUCCAGUUCACUCCUACUGCUGGCCGGUCGAAUGGCUCCCCAAAACACUUGCUCGCCGUGGAAUCGUUCCAAAAAUCAUUCUUAUGUCUUAUCCUACCUCAUUGACGACUUACAACAAGACUUGCCUCCACAUGGAUGAAAUAAUGGAUGAAAAGUCAGAAAAACUUCUUGAGAACUUGAAAUCGCUUCGUGAAAACAAUGAACCUUUGUUUAUCGUCGGCCAUUCGAUGGGUGGUCUCCUACUGAAGAAAAUAAUGCUAAAGGCUCAUGAAAAUAACGAAACAGAUCUCCUGAAGAACAUCAAGGGCGUGUGCUUCUAUUCAACGCCGCACUUCGGCAGUUCGUUGGCGAAGCUUUCGGUGAAAGCUCCAGUGGCCAACUCGAUCGUUUCAUCAGAAGUGCGCGAGCUGAGUUCCGCUUCUGAGCAGCUCAAAGAGCUCAAUGAUCAAUUCCUAUCAGUUGCAAGAAACACGUCUAUUCCAAUUCAUUCCUUCAUCGAAUCAGUUCCUAUCAAAGUGGUCGGCUUUAAUCAUUUGGUAGUCUCGAAAGAAUCUGCCGAUCUUGGCCUGGGAGGAUCUACACUUGUAAAUGAGAACCACAUCAAUGUCAACAAACCCUCUUCAAAAAGUGACAUUCUCUACUCGCAACUCGUGAAUUUCAUCGUCGAUAAUUUACACAACUCUACUGAUUCUGUUAAAAAAUAA